UUGUCGAGUGUGGACGCGAUUUUUCGAUACCUCUUCCGAGCACACUACACAUAACUCUUCCAACACCUCAUCAGAGCAUCUUCAUACACCAGCACCUACUGAAUUCCACCCACACAUGCACACAGUUCUCCUGCACGUCCUUUCCCAGUUCGCCUAGUGAACGAGCCACUUGGACACGGAUUGGCAUUAUAAUAGUGAAUCUCCCGGAAUCGAUAUCAAAUUUCCGAAGAUUGACCACUAAACCGUUGAAUUGUCAGCAGAAAAUCGGUGCCGCGAGCAACAGUGGUGGGAUCAUUCGUGCCACUCCGAACCACCCCCGUCCCAACACUCCAACCGCGCGAGGAAUGUGUGGUCGUGCGUGAAAUGUCUUUUCGUGUGAGUGGUGUGAUAAUCAAACGUGCUUCAACAGCUUCCGUGAAUGAUGAAGAAAAAUAAUUAAUUCGCUUUUCCGGGAAGUUUCCGUUUUCGGCGUGAGUGCUAUAUUUUCCCACAAGUGAGCAGAAAAUCCGCAAGGAGAACAAAAGCAAACAGAUAAUUUAAAGCGAGAGUUGUUUAAAAAAGCAUCGACAUAAAGAGAAACUCGGUGUUAGCGUUGCUUCACCUUUGGGAUCACUACCGAGCAACACAACACAACCGGCAGCGAUUAGCAUCGUGAGCACCCGCCCCAAAGAGGAGGACGGACCGAGAACUGCCCACUGGACGGCCCUUGGGAAAUUUUCUGCAGUGACACUUUUAGGCCCAGCUACCUUCACACAGACAGGAAUGGAUGGUGGAAACAAGAAAAACACCGUUUCGGAGUUCAGCUACAUGCUGCAGAGACAAGGCAGCGAUGAUUCAACCGAGGCGGCCGCUUUUGACGACAUCAACUCGCUGAUGAAGAACGAGCAACCCAAACAGGAAACGCUAUCGUCACUUCCGCAGGCUUCAUUCAACUACAUCAACUCGAUUGUUGGCAGCGGUGUGAUUGGCAUCCCAUAUGCCUUCCAUCGCGCCGGAUUUGGCCUGGGACUAUUCCUGCUCAUAAUCGUCGCCGUGAUUACGGACUAUUCGCUGAUUUUAAUGGUGCGAUGCGGCCAUCUAAGCGGAAGAUUCAGUUAUCCCGGCGUGAUGGAGGCCGCCUACGGUAAAGGAGGUUACUAUCUGCUAUCGCUGCUGCAGUUCAUGUAUCCGUUUCUGGCGAUGAUAUCCUACAAUGUGGUGGUCGGGGAUACGCUCUCCAAGGUGCUGGUACGCCUCGUGCCCUCCUGGGGCAGCUCGAUGGUAGCGGUUCGCUUCGGGGUCGUGCUGGUCGUCACAUUGUUCGUGAUAAUACCACUUUGUCUGUACAAGAACGUCUCGCGGCUGGCCAAGGCGAGCUUCAUCAGUUUGGCCUGCGUGGUGAUUAUCCUGGUCACAGUCGUGUACAAACUGCUCGCGGGUGAUUACGACGUUGUUCCGGAUACGCCAGAAUCGUGGCGAUUCGCCCACAGCGACCUCAUCCCGGCCGUCGGGAUAAUGGCUUUCGCUUUCAUGUGUCAUCACAACACGUUUCUGGUUUACCAAUCGAUGAAGAGCGCAACGCUGGAGCGAUGGGAGAAGGUAACCCAUCUGUCGGUGGGCUUUGCCUGGCUGGUGGCAGCCCUGUUCGGUAUCGCCGGAUACAGCACGUUCCGAGCGCUAUCUCAAGGUGAUCUCUUGGAAAAUUAUUGCUGGGAUGACGACCUGAUGAACUUUUCCCGCGUGCUCUUCUCCAUCUCGAUCCUGCUGACUUUUCCCAUCGAAUGUUUUGUGUCACGUGAAAUCGUCCGAACGCAGAUCAAACGGUUCUACUCCCAGGAGGUUGUGGAAUAUGACACCGAUAAGGACCCUAGCAAUGUAACCGGUAGCGAAGAGGACGAGAAAUCAGUGGCGACCACACUAGUAAUCGUGUUUGCAGCUUUUAUCAUAUCUCCCUACACCGAAUGCCUCGGUCCGGUGCUGGAAUUGAACGGCCUCCUGGCGGCAAUUCCGCUCGCAUACAUUCUCCCCGGGCUGGCGUACAUUCAGCUGAGUCCACAUUCGCUGUUCAGCCAGGAGAAACUUCCUGCGGCCGGACUGGUGCUGUUUGGGACGAUCGUAACCAUAUCCGGUGCUGCGCUGCUAAUGCCGAAUCUAAUUGGUGACUGCAGAACCGGCAUCAUUAUGGGCUACUGCCGAGACGACGAACUUGCAAUGAACAGCACAAUGAACGGCCAGGGGACCACGCCGGCCUGCCCAACGGAACGAGCUUGAAAAGGGACGAGCUUUACCAACUAAUGCAGACUAAUGUUGAAACCGUAGCUUGGAGGAUUGGUACGGUCCUAGCUGACGCUACUGUGCGGUAAUUGAUCGAUUUAUUACGCACUGUAAUUGCGCUAGCUGAAGAAUUCAAUAUUCGCAGUGAAUCGGUUGUGGGUUGAUCGGUUUUUUUUCAAAUAUUUUUAGUGCAGUAUAUCGAAAAAUGAAGAUAUGAAUUGAUUUACAUAAAACUUACUAUGAAUUGCAAUCUAGGACUAACAACAGUUUAAUGAGACUGAGUUUUUUGAACGGGUUAAGAAAAGGCUUGGAUUUUAGAUUUCCAAUUACGAGUUUGCGAUUUAAUAAUAUUGAAAGAGACACUUCAAUUUUGGUUUCCUUCUAUAUUUUCAUAAUAAAAUCUCUACGAAAACCGGAUGGGACAACCGCCUAGUUUCACGCUUAAUCCCAUUCUUAAGGGUGCAUUGUGACAUGUUAAAAUUAAACACAAUACUAUCGAACGCACGUAAACAUAUGAGGGGCUCAAAAUGAAAGAGGUGUAAGUGAUCUGAUUGAUUUCUCUACGUCGACUCUCUCUUUUGGUCAUAACAUAGCUGCAAACAUAUUCCCAGGUGUAUUUGACAAUGUAGACGAUAGGUCAGAGCCUCAUCUAUCGAAUUCUGUAGCAAACUCAAAUUGUCCGUGUAAGAAAUUUAUUAGAGUUUUCAAAACUGCCUUUCCAUUUACGGUACGAUCAUUAUUUAUUGAACAAUUAAUCAUCAAAGACGAAGUGGGAGUUAUCCAUUUUAACGAAAAUAUCUCUGUAUUGAAAUGUUCUACAGGACCGUUAUAGGAAUCAGAUGAAAGCUGGUUAAAAAGGUUAAUUCGAUUUGCUAUGGAAUUAUUUGUCAAAAAAUGUUAUUACCUCAUAAAAUCUUUGAAAAAAUAGAGAGAAGUCGAUUUUUCAUUUUUUCUCGAUAUUUGAUAUAAAGUAAUUGAUAAAACUUGAGAGGUUAAGCAUUAAAAUGUUGUACAUUCUGUCUUUAUAUGUUCAUUAUUUGUACAAACAAUUGUAUUUUAUUCGUCAUUCUUCUUUCUUUGUUUUUAAGAGGCUUUAAACUUUGCAGUUCAUUCGCCUCUAUUUUAUUCGUCAUGAUAAAAUGACUCAUUACUUUUCAGGUAACCCAAUAUUUUGUCAAUCAGCGCGCAAAUGCACUCUGAUAUGAUUACUGUUUUAUGGUCGAUCUUUAGCUCCUGACUACGACUACUAAUAUGUUGGUCAGCUUCGAUUAUUUCUGUGAUUUUAUCGAUAUUUUCGACGACGUGUGUGUCUGUGUGAGGUGCAUCUUUAACAUCAAAAAUGCCAGAUCAGAAUCGACGAAACCAAAAUCGCACUUAAUUAGCUUUUGAAGCUAAUUUACACCCAAGUUUUUUUACGCGGUUUCUUUGCGUGGUUUUUUACUAGGUUUUUUACGCGGAUUUUCCAAUUGACGCGGUUUUUUUUACGCGGUUUUUUUACGAGGUACGUAUCUCCCGCGUAAAAAAACCCAUAUUUUGUAUUGGCAUCAUAAAUACCGUUCACAAUUUCAGCGAGCAUUUUGCAUUUUCAUCUUUACCAAAGAAAAACUGUAAAAUGUACCGAAUUUUCUCUUUGUUGACUUCCAUUGUUAACACUCUGUAACUCACAACUGAACAGAACAAACAUAAAAACAGCGAAAGAAUUUUCAAGUAUAAAAUGGCACCUACUUUUGAAAUUGUUCGAUCGACACUAUACGAGAUAUCGAUCACUACCCUCAUCUACCGACAGCCAAAAUUUAAUAUUUUUGAGCGUUCUUUUACACUAUUUCAAACAAACAUGUAUAUAAUGACCGGAAUAAAGGAAAAUCCAACCCCAAUAUAAAUUUAUAAAAAAUAAUUCCUAAACUUCUCUUUAUUUAAAUUAAUGGCAUAGAAAAAUUGAACUCCAUUAAAUUAAAAAAAACACUCUUUAAAAAUAACUUGAAAUGCUUAAUAUCCUGAUGAUAUUACUAAAGGGUUAAUAUGAUGAAUCAAUUGUGAUAUCAAUUUUGUAGUUAUAUCAUCAGGGCAUUAAGCAUUUCAAGUUAUUUUUAAGAAGUGUCCGAAAUAUGAAGCCACACAGGCAUACAUUGUAUUAACCAAGUUUAUUGUUUUUGGAGCUGUUGAAAAACGAGCGCACACAAAAUUUCAAUGCAGGUCUGAAAUCUUAUUUUGCAUGAUUGCAAACGUACCGAAUCUCGACAGAAAGAAACUGAGAAGUAUGGAGUGAGCCGUUCAGAAAACCAUUCUGUUUUCAGCCUGAUGUUUAUUGUUGCAAGCAGCGGAGCGUGUGUGGAUGGAGAGAAUACAGGACUGCGAUCGUGAAUCGAUCUCCAUCGCUGAAGAUGGACCUGAGUUUCGAACUCACGAUCGAUCGCUUAGUAGGCGAACGCACAACCAAUGUUGGAAACUUUCUCUCCGAAAUGUUGGAAAUUUUGAUGAUCGAUCGAGAAAAGAAUCAAAACGCAAACGUGAUACACGACCUGAUAUGCGAUAUCCUGAUCAUCAGCGAGAUCAAAAGAGAUCCACGCAAUACUAUUCGUGCAAUGAAAAAGGUCUUGAUCUGCCGAAUCCUGAUUGCACCAUUCGACGACGCAUAGCAGAAGGGCUAUUUGUCUUGGAAACGACCGAUGAACAGCAAGAGGGGUCAAAACAGGUGUAAUAAACAUGCGAACCUAUUUUGCAGCUCUGAGACAUUCUUGGGACGUGUUAAGUUGAAAUUCUGUAACUUCAAUGUUUCUUGACGUAGGAUUGUGUUAUAUUGGAUGCUGAUUGGUGCUGAUGCGUCUAUAUUGCACAAAAAUUUGUGCAAAGGUUCGAUUCUACUGAGGUAACACUGAGGAUCAUAUAGCAUGAUAUUUGUUUCCCGGUAUCACCAGAAAAGAUCUGCGGAAAAUUCGAUUAACAUUGCAAGUGAAAUUUGUUUCCCCAGUCGUAUAUUCAUUUUUGCCCAUACCUGCAACAUGUGUCUAAAGCGAAUUCAUUGCGUCGACACUUUGGAUCUACGAAUUUCACCUUGCGAAAUAGAAAAAUGUCACAAAGCGCAAUAUAUAAUAAGUCUGGGUCAUUUUCAAUGCCAAUUAUUGGACCAAUAUGGACGUUUUCUUAGAAGAUGUUUGUUUUCCAUCGUCCGUAUUUUUUUUACAUGGGACUACGUCUAACCGGAGUAUAUGGGGGGUAAAAUGAAAACCUAAACACAGAACAUGCAGGAAAAAAUGAAAGAUUCCGAAUGCUUAUAACUCGAACAUUUCUCACUGGAUCGGAAAGAUGUUUGCAUCAAUUGAUAGGGAAUAUUUCUACGCAUCCAUCGCAAUAAAUAAAAUGUUAUUGUUCAUUAGCUAAACAAUUGAAUAACUCUAAAACGUUAAGCGUUAUCUAAACGCCCUAGCUGCCUCGUUUUGAUUGGCCCGAUUUACGGUUUCCCAAACACAGCCAUCAUAACCAAGAAGCCUUGGGGAAAUCGGCACAAACCAAGUAGUGUUGGAGGAAUUGGCAUUGCAAAUACAUGAAAGUCGGGGGUAUUUUUGCUCCGACUGAAAUGUGUUUCCCCAACACAGACUUCAGAUCCAAGGUGUCUGGGGGAAUUUUUUUUUUAUCCCAUUUAUCCCAUUUUAGGCUCAUUAGCAUUUUAGCUGUAACAGAGCCGAGUUUUAAUCGUGUACAUGUACAUAUGUUUAUGUUUUUGCAGUUGAGUUAUUAACUACAGGAAAAGCUGAUGAAGAGAAAUCGAUCAAGUCACUUACACCCCUUUCCUUCUGAGCCCCUCAUAUAUCUUACAGACCCUCAAGAGAUUCUAUGCCGUCUCACUUACUUACUGGUCCCACGUCAGUUAUCUGGCGCAAAGGGCUAUAAGAAAAGAUUUCCACUACUUUCUACCUCAUGUACAUUGUCCUUGCGGGUCCAAUCAGGUGCUUCCUUGCAGAUUUCAUGUGUCUUAGAGUAUCUCCGAUCCACUUCCACUUACGCUCCCGAACUUCUGUUUCAAUCUACCAUUGAUAAAACCGACAGUGGAGAUCCGUGUUAGGAAUCCAAUUUUCCAGCCACUAAGCGCGGAUGAUGUAUCGUAAGCAAUGUCUAACGACCUAGAGUUUUUUACGUUAUCUUCACAGGAACACACCACCUUUUACAGCCGUUUAUCCGAGGUUUAUCCGAGACACGACCGCUUUGGACGUAGGACUACGCAAUCUUUUUUUCUAAUUUGUUGGUUUAUCAUUUCGGAUAUUAUUUUCAAAUACGUUCGAAAUUCAAAAAUAACUCUUUAGUAAAAAGUUUCGAAAGUUCCCUGAAAAGGUUUAAUGGCUUACGUGGUUUUGUAGAAUCAUUUCGAGAAGCAACGAUUCUUUUGCGAGAACAUUACACUAAUUGGUCAUAAGUCGCAAUUUGUUUCUUUAUAUCAAUGCACGCAUUGCAUUUUCAUGACCGUUUAUGAAAAAUGCUUCUCAACUCUCGGUCAAAACCGUCAACAAAGCUAGGAGCUUGUUGCAUCAGAACAGAGCCGAUGCGCACGAGAACAAUUACGAAUGGCAACUAAAAGUAUCGAAGGUGUGCUAUUCACAUGUACAGGAAAUGAACAAGUUCUAAGUUUCGCGCAACGAAAACAAGCAACACACACAAACCCAAACAGUGAUGGCUGGAAGCGACCUAUAAUCAUUUGCACUCUUCUCUUUUUUCGCCUGCAUUGCCAUGGCUCGGAUGGUUACGUUAAUUGCAAUGCCAGAUGCACUUCAAGUAAAAUAUUCGCUAGCGCUCACAACUCGAGGGGAAACAUAAAACACAAAACGAGCAGAAUAAGCGACCUUUGUUGUUUCGGGCGCAGAAAGAUUCUGAGAAUUUUCCUCAGAAGAGAUGCAAUACUUAUACUCUAGCAAUAGCUUACUCACUAUGCAAGGGUGGAGUUUACUUCGCAAAUAUUCUCUCUUCGCUAUCCCCCUUCGUUGUUUCUAUUCUAGCGGCUGCAUAAGUUGCCCGUUAUUGACAGCUCUGUUCAUGAAAGCACACAAAUGGACAAAAUUAAUGUAUGGGAAAAUGGGAUUGCUUCCAAUUUUCAUCAAUUCAAACCAUAUACAGACUAUUGUAUUGUAAUGUAUAGCAUAUCAAACAAAUCUUAGAAAAUUUCCGACUCGAUUGGUAUGCAAAUCGUUGAAAUCCGUUCGCAGCAAAAAUAGUUACUAACGUUAAUUUCAUUUCAUAAAAAAUAGAAGGGUUUGAGCCUAGGGGCACUAACGAAAGUUUGACGUAGGACUGUGAUUGUUUAGAACAGUUGUUUUUUUUUCGAAUGAAAUUAUUUUCAUUGUUCAGAAAUCUGUUAGCAUAACUCUUUUGAAACUCCUAAUAGUAGUCCAGAAAAGUUUGUUAUAUGUACUCAUAACCGUCAACGAACAAAAAAAUAUAUAGGAGGUUGUGUCCAAGACACGACCGCAUUGUUGACGUAGAACUACACUGUAGUUUAAUUCAAGUCGCUUGUAUAUAACUGCGAAUAUUACUUUAUAAAGCUACGAAAUUCUAGAAAUAAUCAUGCUACCAGUUUGGUCGGCCUGAAAUAUUUUUUUCUUAUAGAAUCAUUUGACGAUUAUUGUUUGAUGAUUCAUUCUUGUCCUCUCAGAACAAUACAUGCUCGAGAUAAGCGCAGUUAUCAUCUUUAGUGGAGAAAGUUUUGCUACUGGUAAGCGAAACCAAAUCACAUACAAAAUUCCAGAACCACAUUUACUUCCCUGGUGACUAAAUGAACGAAAUAAAGUCUUCCUGUUAAUCUCAACAAUCUCGAAAAGAGUAGCACUGCUUCAUCAUGAUCAAGAUUAGCGCAAAUGCAAUCCUAGUUGAAGGGAGUUUUGCAACUGGCACGCUAAUCCAAAUAAAUUUAUAACUUAUUAUAACUUAUUGAAUAACUUGGUAUUCCCAAAUAAUUUUUUGGUGCACAACCUUAACACCUGCUUUACCAUAACGUCAGUUCAAUGCAUUGAUUCAAUGUCAAAGGCAUCAACGAAGUCUUUAUGAUGACGAAAAACAAAUAAUGUCAACUGCUUGAAAAAAGACUGAAUAUUAGCUCCAGCAGAGAUUCAUUACUAAUACCCUAGCGCAAAUAUUUCCCUCCCGCUAUCUCCCCUCCUUGUCACCACGUUCGGAUCGAAAUGUUCACCCGCAACAGCGCAAUACAUUAAAACGCACGUACACACACAAAAAUAUCCAUAUAUCGAUGGUUUGAAGCAAUUAAAUAUGCACACACUUAUCUCCGUUUUGCGCACUUCUCAACAGAAGCCCUUUUUGCCUUGUUUGGGACACAAAUUAUGGCCUAAUUGGAAGUCGACACCAUCGCGAAUUACCAAUUUACCAGCAUCUGACAUAUCGUUAUGUUGAUGAUGAACUUUCACAGCAGAGGGAUAGUGAGAUAUGCGAUGACGGUAGGUAGAGUGAGAUAGCGAUAAUCGUGCCAUACACCUGGUUGCUACCGUCAUGCGAAACCAAAUCACAGACGAAAUCUAACAUUUAUUUCAUUGGUGAGCUGACGAUAGCCUAGCUUGAUGAUUCCCCACACAAUUGUGUGGCUCAGAACCUUAAUGUAAUGGCGUCAGUUUUAUGCAAUUAUUGCAGUGCUAUAGACAUCAGCGAGUCAGUAAUUUGGUCGCGUCCACAGCUCAAUCCGAAACUAAAACACGUGAGACUUUAAACUGCUUUAGCUUAUUCGUCUCUAACCUGCAAAAAGGUCCUUGGAAAACUUUACUUUUUUCUCUGCAUGAAAUCUUGAAUCUGAUUACUUCGACAUAGAACGAAUUAUUGCACACAAUUUUGUACUUCAUACAAUAUCAUGGGAACGAAGUUGAAAGAAAGAAUGCAUAAUACAUGAUUUACCUUCGCAUUCGCUCGCAAAUCAUAUAUCUUUUAUUUAUUAAAUUUCUCACUUGUUUUAUUAUUUCCACUGUUGAUGUCUCAAGCGAAAAAAAAUGCUGGAUAAAUUUGCCGUCUGUUAGUGUAUAUUAUAACAUAUAUCGUAAGAAUGAUUCUGCGUAAUAUGCAUUUGAAAACUCCCUAUAUAGAAAUCAAAGACGUAGUCCUACGUCAAAACGUGACCUGUUAUCUGAUUCGGCACCCUUAAUGCUUUCGAGGAGAUCAUCAAGUCUGCCCAGCAAAUUAGUUACUCUCUGAACGAGCAAGACAUCGCCGUCAGUCGGGUCAAGAUCGCUCCAUGGCUGAAGGGUUCCAUGGUUCAUCGGUUCGAUCUACUGUCAUCUGCACUAGCUGAGAUCUCAUCUACCAAAAAGUAAAGUAAAGGGUGAUAAUAUGCAAACAUGUCUCACUUCACAAACAUUUCCUCUGUGUAGCGAAGAGAAACUUAAAUUCACCCUUCUUCUCCGUCAUCAACAAGGAGAACGAUCCUUUUUGGUCUAUAAUCACCAUCGUUCUAGAUAUGGGCGAGCGCAAGAUGAUGCAAGAUAAGUUUGGCGUAGAACUACGUCUUUCAUUAAGGUCACGUUUUUAUGAAAUAAACUUAACGUUAAUAACUAUUUUUGCCGUGAACGGAUUCUGGCGAUUUACAUACCAAACCAAUCGGAAAUUCCCUAAGAUUUGUUUGAUAUGCUGUACGUUACAAUCCCAUAGUCUGUAUGUGGUUUAAAUUGAUGAAAAUUGAAAGCAUUCCCAUUUCCUCACACAUUUGUUCUGUCCAUUUGUAUGCUUUUCCGAACAGAACUGUCAAUAACGAGCAACUUAUCGACGAGCAAUGAAGCAUCUGGCAUUGCAAUCAUUUCAUCAAACUUACGCCACUGCCUUAAUGUUUUGAACUACACAAUUGUGUGGGGAAUCAUCAAGCUAGGCUAUCGUCAGCUCACCAAGAUUUAUUUUCUUGGUGAGUCUUGUUUCUGGAAUUUUGUCAGUGAUUUGGUUUCGCAUGACGGUAGGAAAACUCUCUCCACAAAAGGUGACAGCUAAGCUCAUCUAGACUGGCAAUAUUAACAGAAAGGGCUUCUGUUGAGAAAAGCGCAAAACAGAGAUAAUUGUGUGUAUAUUGCAUGGGUACAUCAUGUCAGUGAAAAUGCCAUCACUACACUCAACAGUAUAGUAUAGCUUCCGUCUUAGUACGGGCCAGAUAUUUUCAUGAAUAAGUAGAUCAAAUGCUAUUUCAUAAUAAAUAAAGUAUAGUAGAAGAGAUUCCUGGAACUCGUUGACAUGCUCUAAUAUGACCCAUAGCGUAGUUAUGUUAUCCACACAUGAUCGGUUGGCAUGGAACAAGGUCUGCUGUCGUCGGAAAGCAUUGUCGAUUUUAUCCUAUAGGAUAACCUGGAUUUACUGAUUGAGGGUAAAGUACUUUGAAGGCCAUACACAGCAACAUGAUGCCGCGUCAAUUGUCACGUUUGAUAAGAUCUCCUUUCUAGGGAUCUUUCAUGAGAAUGCCCUGCGUCCUGUCGACCGGAAAAGUCACAGUUUCCGAAAUGUCACUGAAGAGUAGAAUAAACGCUUGUUGUGGGCAUGAAAAAGGCUUCUUUUCCACUUUCGGCUAAUGAAGAUGGGGUCAUUUUGAUUUUCCAUUCGGUCAUUUCGGGAACGUUAGUGACUUUAUGCAAUGAUCAAAGGGGAAAGAGCGAUCUACCAACGACCAUUUCGUUGUUGCAAAAAAAAACUAAGAAACCUAAAUCAUCGUUCCCGGCGUGUGUUUUACCCUCGUAUAUGAUGUGAUGUCUAAAUUUUUCAUUAAUUCGAUUAUCGAUUUGGGGCAUUUUUCAAUAUUCGAUUCAUUCGAAUAAUUAUCUUUCAAUAUUCGAUUCAUCGAGCGAAUAUUUAUUUCUUGUAAUAAUCACGUAUCACGUUCGUUGACCAACGAACUUCCUCCCACGAUGUCGAGCUUUGGGCGGGUGAUUUUCUCUACUGGUUAAGACAGCUUACCUCGUUGAUAAAAGGACAUUACCGCAUCAACUCGGCUUCUAAAAGUAUUUGGGACUGUUGCGGAAUCCUAUUCGGAUUUUAUAAAGCCCAAUAUGUAUCGCACCGCGCCCACCUAGAUUCCUGCUGCUUGUUCGGGGUUGAUCAUAUCUAACCUACAUAUAUAGAAGUCGAUCCACUAGUCUCAAUCCAGGCACCUGCCCGUGACGUGCAGCUAUGACAUGGUCAACACGUUGCAGGUAGACAUAUAGUAAGGGCGAUUACACAUUAUCCGGUUUCUGCCGUACCGGUUUCAAAAAGCACCGCUGGGUUUGGACGGAUAACCGGAUAACAAUGUGAAAGAGACUUUGCGCUACACAAAACCGUACAUCUCUCACAUACACAUACAUGCAUUCAUUUAUAUAGCGGAAUGACAGAUAAACAUUGCUGCAAAUAUCCGCGAUGACGACGGAAUGGUGAAUUGUCUGGAUACGACAUUAGUUUGUAUCUAAGACGUUUGUAUGAGGCAAACUAUUCUCUAUCAGUUUAGUAGAGCCGGAGGCAGUUUUGAAUUGCUGAAUUUGUAUGGAUUUUUUUUCUUGGUGUUAUUUAAUUACUUAAAGUACGUUGUCCUGACUCUAGUUUAAACUAUUUUCUAGAAAUUUUCAGAUAUUCUCACCAAAACUUACCAUUAUAAUAUAAUCAAUUUGCCCAUGAUUUUUUUUCACCACUUACAGGUGAAAGUGUUUUGAUUUACAUAGAGUGCUAAUUUGAUUUGAGAAAAAUAAUUAUCAUUCAUAAUUUUUAAUUCAAAAGCGUGUUCAUCUCUUCUGCAAACCCAUAUUGUCAUGCGGGGGAGUUUGCAUGAUACGUAGCUCAAUGCCGUCAACGCGUAUUCCGACUACAUGCAGCUGAUUGUAUACGGAAAAUAUUGAAACCACAGCUGCUGCGGCAACUACGAUCCUUUUCGUAUUUGCCUUGGAGAAGACGGCCGAAUGUUGAAGUGUGGCACACCAGGAGCACGGUCAAAGUGAGAGCAGGUCUCACGGACAUUACGCGCACCCUGCAUCAGGACGGUGUUCUUACGCCCACUUCAGAAUACGUUUACGAGCAUUUUCCGUAAUUCGCACAGCACACAUACACGUUUGUCUUGGCCACAUAUGGUUCUACAACAGUUCCCACAACAGCGGCAAUGUAAAUUUGUAAUGAUAAAAAUGAAAAACCUACUGGACAAAACACAUAGGUGUCAUCAACGGUAUUACAAAAACUAACUUUGGUUCAGUUGCGGUGUACUUAUUCUUACGCUAAAUUAUUUUAUUUUCAAACAUACACAAAUAGCAUAAUUUAUUUCACACGCGAUUGAGCCUUACAAAUAAAAUAAUUAAAAAAACAUAA